AAUUUCUGCCCAACACUGAUUUUUUUCUUUACAAAGUAAAAUUUUUUAGGGAAGGCUGAAUUUUCAUCUGGCAACACUGAUCAUUUUUUCAUUACAAAGUAAUUCUGAGUGAAAUAUUUGUGAAUAAUAAAUCAAUUGGAAAAUGGAAAGUGCUGCUAAACUGGAUAACACCGCGCCGUUGCCACAGCGUCAGCAGCAGCGGGGAAACCAGCCCAACAAAAACGUCGGCAAGCAUAACGCCCAGAAGCAAAGCGAUUCCGCCGAUGGGAGUCCGGCGGAGAAGAAGCCCCGAUUUGGAGGUCCCAAUCCAAACGCCCAAAACCAAAAUGGUGCUGUAACGGGCGGCGGUGCCCCCAAUCAAAAUAAGAACUUUGGAAACAAGGGUGGUUUUGCUGCGAACCGCAAUCGCAACAAUCAGAAUCAGAAUCGAGGAGGAAAUCAUAACCGGACCUUUCCAGCCGCCAAUAACGUGAAUAAGCCCAAUAACGAAACACCAAAGGCGGUCGUCGUUAACGUAGCUGCUAAGACAAGUGAACCGGCAACAGCAGCUGCAAGUCAAAGUCAACCGAAUCCGAAUGCUAGCAAGGGCCAAAAUCAAAGACAAGGGCAAAACCAAAACCAAAACCAAAAUCAGGUGCAAGGUCAAGGACAAGGACAACAAGGAGGCCUAGGAAAUCAAGGAAAUCAUGGAGGCCAAGGAAAUGGGCCAGGCUUUAGAGGACGCAACGUUGGUAACAACCAAAGUGCUAGCGGUGGCGGAGGACCCCUGAACCAGCAGCGGGACAACAGGAACCGGGGUCAACGACCUGGCGGUCCUGGGGGCAUGAACAGCUCCAACAUGGGCGGCAGCGGCGGCGGAGCCGGGGGUCCGCGUGGUGGAGAGGACUUUUUCAUCGGCCAGCGAUUGCGGAGCAUUGCUGGCCCCACCAUUGAACUAGAGCCGGUUGAAGUACCGACCGAAACGAAAUUCUCUGGCCGUAAUCGUCUCUAUGUGGGCAACCUAACCGGCGACAUUACCGACGAUGAGCUGCGCGAGAUGUUCAAGCCGUACGGAGAGAUCAGCGAGAUCUUCUCGAACCUUGACAAGAACUUUACAUUCCUAAAGGUCGACUACCAUCCAAAUGCCGAGAAGGCCAAGCGCGCCCUAGACGGAUCGAUGCGAAAGGGACGCCAGUUGCGAGUUCGUUUUGCCCCCAAUGCGACCAUUUUGCGCGUGAGCAAUCUCACGCCGUUCGUGUCUAACGAAUUGCUGUACAAGUCCUUCGAAAUUUUUGGUCCCAUCGAGAGGGCCAGCAUUACCGUCGACGAUCGUGGCAAGCAUACAGGCGAAGGUAUUGUGGAGUUUGCCAAGAAGUCGUCCGCCAGCGCCUGCCUGCGAUUAUGCAAUGAGAAAUGUUUUUUCCUGACCGCGUCCCUCCGUCCGUGUCUUGUGGAUCCGAUGGAGGUGAACGACGACAACGAUGGACUGCCGGAGAAGGCGUUCAAUAAGAAGAUGCCCGACUUCAAUCACGAGCGCAGCAUUGGUCCACGCUUCGCCGAUCUCAACUCCUUUGAGCACGAGUACGGAUCGCGGUGGAAGCAGCUGCACAAUCUAUUCAAAACCAAGCAGGAUGCCCUCAAACGUGAGCUAAAAAUGGAGGAGGACAAAUUGGAGGCUCAGAUGGAGUACGCUCGCUAUGAGCAGGAAACUGAACUUUUGCGUCAAGAGUUAAGAAAGCGCGAAGUGGACAACGAGCGUAAAAAAUUGGAAUGGGAAAUGCGAGAGAAACAGGCCGAAGAGAUGCGAAAGCGGGAGGAGGAGACAAUGCGACGCCAUCAGGGCGAAAUGCAGAGCCACAUGAAUCGUCAGGAGGAAGACCUUCUCCGCAGGCAGCAGGAGAACACAUUGUUUAUGCAGGCGCAGCAACUAAAUUCGUUGCUUGAUCAGCAGGAAGGAUUUGGCAACGGUGGAGGCGGCGGCAACAACAACUCCAGUUUCGACAACUUCGGGGGAAACAGCAACUCGCCAUUUGAAGUUUUCAGAGGCAAUAACAACAGCAAUUCGACUAUGAUUGGAAACAAUUCUGGUCCCAAUACACAGGACUCCUUCGCUUUUGAAUUUGGGGUUAACAAUAUGAACCAAGGCGGAAAUCAACGCGGAAAUAAUGGCGGAGGAAAUAAUGUCCCAUGGGGACGUCGACGUUUUUAGACACUGGAGCCAAACAUAUGAGGAUGAAAUAUAACGUACUCUCUCACUUAUUGAUUACGUUUCACAUUUUGACUUUGCUCCUUCGAGAGUAAACAAAAUAAUCGAACAUAAAAGGAUCGUCUAAUCGAAAGCACCCAAAUAUGAUUUGAUUUUAAAUUUAGUCAAAUAUUAUCAAUCGCUCCUAAUAAGAGGCAACUAUAAAACCAUAACACGCAAAGGAUGAACCUUAAAAAAUACACAAUCCCAAAAUGAUUGCUUAAAAGUGCAGUAUUGCGCAAACAAAAAAAAAAAACAAAAAAUCAUUACGUACAUCUAUUUAAUCAUAACGAUAAGUUUAAAUUAUGUAUGUAUGUGGUGACUACAUUCUCCAGUAAAAUGAUUCUUUUUUUAUCUAUCAUUGAAAUUAAAUAUAUACUGAUAUAUUACUAAUCGAUUAACUGAA